CUGGGCCUUUGGUUCACUGCUGCUCUUUCUUUUUUUCUUCCUUCCGCUACCUGGUGACACACACACACACAUACACACACCUGCCUUCCGGCAUCUCCAACAGAGGCCCUGCCUUUCCCUUGGCACUCGGGGUUGGGAGCCCUUCUUCGAUCUCCGUGUCCUUCUGUGCCUCGACCUCCUCCCACUCCACCCUACCUUUGAGCCAAGCUGGCAUGGCUUGCUGGCAUCCGGGCGUCCGUUUUUCUUCCAGCCUGACCAUCUGUCUGCUUUCCCUGCUGGCCCUAUUAUUCCCUGUUCUAUCUUCAUUCCCUCUGGCUGUGCUUGUUGGGAAUUCUGUUUCUCUCCCCAUUCCAUUCUCUUUACCCUCUGCUCAGGUCCAAAUUGCUAUCAUCUGGAGAAGGAAUGCGACCAUCCUGGCAAUGGGAAACCUGCGUCCAAAUUUUACAGUGGAGGUAGAUACCAGCUUCCAGUCUCAGUUCAGCGUGGAUCCCGUGCAUGGCAACCUCAAUAUUUCUGACCUGAGGACCACGGAUUCCGGCAUGUAUUCAGUGGAGAUCUUCCCCCUGGGGAGUGUUGCCCAGAAGGGAAACAUCACUAUUAGAGUUUAUGAGAAGGUGGGCAACAUCUCUGUGAUCCCACCAUCUGCAGAAGUGAUAGAAGGAAGCAGUUCAGUGGCCUUCAACUGCACUCCAGUCCAUGGUUCUGUUUCCUGGAGCAAGGAUGGUCACCGCCUGGAUGAUAAUCCCCAUUAUUUGCGUUCAUCUGGCUACCUGAAAAUCAAAGACCCUCUACGGACUGAUGCUGGUGUCUACUCUUGUACCAUCUCCAACCCCUUUGGCAAUGCCACUGCUACUGCCAACCUUACUGUCUACUAUGGUCCCGAGACCCCAACAAUUACUGUCUCGUCCUCUGAGCAAGAUUCAAAUGCAGGGAAUUUUGUGCUAGUGAACAGCACUGUCAAUCUCACUUGUUUGGCACCUUCCAACCCCCCGGCAAAGAUCUACUGGAAUGUGGCCGACAAUAUGGACCUUGACGUCCCUUCCUCGCCUGUCCUGCCGCUCCACAGAGUGCAGCUGAAUCAGGGAGGGCUGUAUUCCUGCCUGGCUAUCAAUCAGAAGACGAAGCUACAAAUUCGUAAUACUCGUCUUAUCAACGUUGUCCAAGCUCCUUGGGGAUCUCCGCGUUGUUCUGUGACUUCAGUGCAAAAUGAUUCUGCCUUACUUUUCGUCUGCUCCUGGACUGGAGGGUCACCUGCUCCCAGUCUCACUUUCCAGGGACUCCCUGUGAGCAAGACGGAAAUCGGUGCCUCUAAAUUGCAGAGCUUGCUGGUCCCCCCCUUCCCUGCUGGGAUCAGUGGCACCAAAGUUACUUGUUUGGGUCAUCAUAUAACUGGGCAAGCCAAUUGCACCUUGAUUCCAGAAGCCCCCUCAGGGGUUAUAUUGUCAUUCCAGACAUCCAGUGACCCCAAAGGGCUGGUGACUAUGCAGCUGCGUUGCCAGGGUACCUUCAAUCCUGUGGAAAUUGAAUGGGUUAGAGAUAAGCAGUCGCUGAUUCCUGCCGGAAGCCGUUAUCAGCUCAGUCCUGAUAAAAUGCAUCUCACCAUCUGGAAUUUCACUGCUCCCCAGGAUCUGGGAGAUUACAGCACCAUCUGCUCCAAUCCACUGGGAUCACAGCGAUCUAACCUCACUAUUAUUGGCCCCUCGAUCUCUGACUGGACUUUGUCAAGUGGAAGCCAUCCAGGCACUGCCUCUCUGACUUGGACAGUCCCAAAUGGGUCAGCGGUGACCAGUUUUGCGAUUCAGAUGCGAGGUCCAAAACAACACCGUUCUGCUGAGGAAUGGAGUACGGUGGAAGUACUAGGAGCUGCCAACAGAUCCACAACUGUUAUAGGAUUGCAGCCCCAAACGACUUAUGCUUUCCAGAUAGUGCCUUAUCUGGGAUCCCAAGCUGGGAACGGCACUCAAAUUCACACCCUCCACCCAGAUUCAUAUCUGUCCGGCGGGGCCAUUGCUGGGAUUGUGAUUGGCUGCAUUUUUGGGAUGCUCCUGAUCAUUGCGCUCAUAUUCUUAGUGGUCUGGCUGGUCUGCCUUCGGAGAGCAAAGGAGAAAUCUCCACCAACGCCACCAGAGAUUCAGCACCACUAUCUGUCACGCCAGUUUCCAAAUGGGAGGAAAGUCGAGCCAAGUGACUCUUGGGAUAAUCCUCGAUGGUCAUCAGGAGACUCCGACAUCUAUGCCAUCACCUAUGAGGAACAUCUGCACAGAUAUCUCGGCCCAACCACCUUGCCUAUCGGUAUCAGGGAAGGCACUUCCUCUUCCCCAACUGGGCAACCUGGCAGGAGGAUUGUGCGAAAUGCUACCCAGGUCUGAAAUGGUCACGAUCACACACCCCGCCAGACGUGAUCGCUAAAAUGGGACUUGUGAAGAUGACACCCAGUUAGUUACGGUCACUGAAAUGGGACUUGUGAAGAUCUCACCCAGCCAGUUACGGUCACUAAAAUAGGAUUUGUGAAGAUGACACCCAGCUGGGUUAUAGUCGCUAAAAUGGAACUUGUGAAGAUGAUACCCCGGCGGUUAGGGUCACUAAAAUGAAACUUGUGAAGAUGACACCCAGCGAUUAUAGCCGUUGAAAUGGGAUGCUGAGAUCCUGAAAUGGAUUUGUGCCUUCGUCUCCUACCUUCCUUAGAAACCGACAGAUGGAUCUCAUCAGCAUGAGAUGUGAACUUAAACAUUCUCGGCGAGUGGAAAUCUCACUCGUCUAGGUAAGAACCAGCAAACUUAGACCUUCUAAGAAGUUCUAUUUUGCAUCCUCAAAAUGUAGACAAUUAUGUUUUGGAUACUGAGUUUUCCGAUGCAGUUUUUGGGACAGAGCACACCGCAGUGCGACCCAAUUUGCAGGCCUCCGAUAAGUCUUCUAGAGAGCUGCUGAAUGGAUGGUAUGUUAGAAUCCCUAAAGCGCGCUUUGCUGCCAAGGACAACGGACAAUGUAAACGAGGUCGUAGAUCUUACAGGGGAAAUGCUUGGAUACAGUGGCAGGUAGGGAAGGAUACGGCUGUCGUUGGAUUGAGAUGUGGCUUACUUUUCCAAAAAACCAUUUUAUCACAUGAAGCUGCUUAUAUUCUGAGGCUGCACACACCUGCCAAGGUUCUCCAUUCUGUUAUCAAAAGCACGGCCCUGGAGUCUGGCCCAGUUUCUGUCUUGGAACCCAGUCAAGAUCCCCUUCUUGGAUACCAGGGGAAAACGACGGUGCUUUUAGAGCAGGGAAAGAUAUAUCUUCCUGGCUUUUCUUUUCAUUUGAAGAUGGAGUCCAUUCUUCAAUUCUGAGAUCAGUGUUUCUCAACCUUGGUCAUUUUAAGCGGUGUGGAUUUCAAGUCCCAGAAUUCUGGGAGUUAACGUCCAUGCUGUUUAAAAUGACCAAGGUUGAAAAAUACCGCUAAGAUUACCAAAUGGUCUGGGUGGAGGGGGUUUCCAUGAAUUCUUACAGCCCCACUCGACCCCCCACUGGCACUAAAGCGAGGCCUCCAAUCUUCGAAAUAAGGAGAAAAAGAAUUCUGGGAGAGAGGGGUGGUGGUUGGAGUACGAAAGGAACAGAAGAUGCAGUUCAGUGGUGGGAUUCAGCUGGCUUGGGCCGGUUUGGGAAAACCGGUAGUUAAAUUGCUGGCUGGCUCCGCUCUACCCCGCCCCUUCCAGGAGUCCCCACGCGCCCCAUUUUGGCUCCCGAUAAGUGCAAGGAGGCCUCUUAGGCCCAAAACAGGGCACAGGGGGGGGCGGCCCCCCCCCACGGCCCGUUUUCACUCCCAGGAGGUUACAGGAAGGCCUACUAGGCCGAAAACAGGGCGCAGGGAAGGGAGGGCGGCGUGUCCCCUCCAUGCCCCAUUUUUGCUCCCAGGAGGCUGCAGGGAAGCCUACCAGGACUAAAACAGGGCAUGGGGAGGAAUGCGUGUCCCCCUCCCCCACGGCUCAUUUUUGCUCCCAGGGGGGUGCAGGAGGCCGAGUACUGCCUGUCAUACCUCCUGGCUAUGCCCACCAUGUCCACGCCCACUCAGCUGGUCAUUAGGGCAGAGAACUGGUUGUUAAAUUAUUUGAAUCCCACCACUGGUGCAGUUGAUUAACUCUUUCCAACUUGACAUAUUCUUUGCCCGACCAGCCAGUAACUGGGAUAAAAUGCGAAGUAGGGUUGCCCAGACUUUCUGGACAGGUAAAGAGAGGGUGGUGCUUCCUGGUUUCGGCUGAGUUGGAGAAGGCAACACCACCUCCAAGAGAGAGUAAGAAAAGAUUGCAACUUCCUUGUUUGGGAUAGGCUUCAACAACCUGGAAUGGUUGAAAAAAGACAAGCUGGUUUUUGAUGGAGGGUGAGCUAUUUGAAACCUCUUAGAAAGGAUUCUGGAAUUCUUGGUCUUUGUGAUUCACUAUAUCUCUGAGGGCUUUAGGCCCACAAAAGAUAUUUUGCGCAGUACGCAAUAGUGUGUGUGGAAAUGAGAGCGCUCCAUUGAAUCAACUUGCAAGACUCUUCUUUUUUUGUCUAAAAACAUUCUCUGUUGCAAUGAUAGCUUUCAUAGAACCAGAGGAAGAAGUUCUCAGCGUUGAGAAGAAGACAGAGGGAUCCCAUGGUCAUUCUCGUUGGUUUUGCUCAAUGAGGAUGCAGGCUCCUCCCGCCCCACCCCCACCUCGGUCUCCUUUUCGUCAUUAUCUUCAGAUUUUUCUUUGCCAGCUACAGGUAAUCCUCGACUUACGACCAACAACAGAGCCCCAAAUCUAUGUUGUCAAGGGAAACAUUGGUUAAGUGACUUUUGCCCCAUUUUACGACAAUUUCUUCCCUCGGCUGUCACAGCCGUUGAUCAGUUAGCAACCUGGUUAUUCAGUGAAUCUGGCUUCCCCACUGACUUUGCUUCUCAGAAGGUCUCCAAAGGGGAAAUCCCAUGAUCUUGGGACACAGCAAUGGUCAUAAAGACGAACCGGUUGCCAAGCAUCUGAAUUUUUGAAUUGAGAUCAUGGGGAUGCCAGGAAAGUCAUCACUGUGAGAAACAGUCAUAAGUCACUUUUUUUCGGUGCCGUUGUAACUUUGAACGGUCACUGAACAAACUGUUGUAAGCAGGGGAGGGCUUCAAAAAUUUUAGCAAGGGUUCUCUGCCUGGUUUCUGAGUGGGUGUGGCCCUGAUGGGUGUGGCCUAGUCAGCCUCCUGCACCAUGGCGGGGGGCUGGGCUUUUGCCCUCCCUGGGCUCUGGGGGCUUUCCUUGAGCCUCUGGGAGGGCGAAAAGAGCCUCCCCAGGCUCCAGAGGCCCUCUGGAGGCCAGGCCCGUUUUUCACCCUCUCCGAGUCUCUGCACAUACCCUGCACUUCCCUGCAUCCAAAAUGGGCUGUGUGGGGACUCCUAGGAGUGGCGGGGUGGGCAGGCCCAGCCAGGAGUGGGAUUUGGGGGUUCUCCAAACUGCACAGAAUCUUAGCUAGAGGAUCUCCUGAACCCCUGCAAACCCCCAGCAGUCCAUUCCUGGUUAUAAGUCGAGGACUACCUGUAAUCAGAAAUUUCCAAAUAUGCACCCAAAGAAGAACCUUGCUAGUUCUUUAAAGAAAAGAAAAACCAUGAUGACAUAUCAAAUAAACUGUCUGAGAACGUGUUGGGUUACUGUUUUGUAAAACUGACUCAAAAUCCCCUUAUAGCUGGCACAAAGGAGGCUGCAGUUGCAAGAAAAUUAAAACUGUGUUAAUAUAUAACACAGUUUUAAUUUUCUUAGCAAUACUACAGUUCCCUCAUGAUAGCAUUAACGAGAGUACUUAUUUGCUUCUGAAGGGUAAUACGGAACACCUUUAUUGAAUUUCCUCCACAGUGGUGUAAUUAAGGUGGAAGGGAGAGGGCCCAACCUGGAUAAAGUUAAAAAAAAAACAAAACCUGGGAACCGAAAUUAUGUAGUAUGAGAGUUUUUAGGUAACACAUUCAACGGAAGUUCUCAGGAAAGUACCCUGUUUCCCCCAAAAUAAGACCUCCCCUGAUAAUAAGCCCAAUCGGGGCUUUUGAGCGCAUGGAAAUAAGGCCAAGCGCUUAUUUCAGGGUUCAAAAAAAUAUAAGACAGGGUCUUAUUUUCAGGGAAACACGGUAGCUAAGGAAGAAAAUCCACUGAGUAGUGGGAACAGAGUUAGGAUUGUGCCGGAUGAGAAGCAAGAAACAAAUAUGGAUCUAAUAUGAUCAAGAUGCUUAUUGGCAAGGUGGGAUGUGAAAGUUUCAGCUGCUGCCGAGUUCAAAAUGGAAAUAGUUUGAGGAUGUUUUGGGGUUCUACAGAUGGACAGGGUCAUUGGAAGCGCAGAUACUCAACUUGCAAAUUUUGACCAGAAUUUUCAUUGCUAAGUAAGGCAGUUUUUAAGCAGUUUUUUAUGCCUUGUUUAAAAACCGUUUUUUUGGGGGGUUUUGCCACAUUAAGGAAAUCACUACAGUUCUUAAGCGAAUCACACAAUCCUGUGUGACGUUGCUCAUUGGAAGGUCUGGGAAGGUCACUUUAUGGCAAUCCAGGAAGUUGCAACCCUGGUAAAUACAUGCUCGUUGCCAGAUGUUUCAAUUCUGGGAGUUGUAGUCCCACACAGUUUAAAAUGGUUGAGGUUGGGAAACACUGAUCUACCAAAUAAAAUUGCUCCCAGCAAUGAAGAUAACACGCCAAGUGAUACACACCCAGGAGAAAGAAGCAAAUGGAAAGUUCACAUCCGUAAUUCAGUUUAACCAUCUUGACUUUGGAAGUAAAUCUCAGACCAACGUAUUUAAGUCUAGCAGCAUUAUUGGUGUGGAGAACGCUCUGUGGCUCCGGUUAUGUUAUUUGUGGCAUUGAAAUUUUAUCAUGACACAGUGGCGGUUCAUUUCCCUGGAGAAAUGGGGUUCUUUAAGACGACAGUGUUGCAAAUAGUAUUACAAACUGAGCGGAAACUCCACUAUUUGAAUGAAGAUGCAAACUAGCAUUCGGCUAAUUUUGUACUUGUCCUAAAUGUUCCAAUGAAAUUUUCAUCUAUUUUUUUAAAAAUCAAAGUGUGUAUUUUUUUUUAGAAAGAUACUUGUUGAAUUUUGUAUUGGGGAGGAAAAAUAAAAUAUAUUUUAAUAUA